GCUCUCAGAAUUGCGCACGCAUAAAGCUGUUAGAUAAGACUGCGCCGAGAACAGUUAUCCCUCUGAAAUCUAAGGAAAAACAUUAGUAACAUCAACACCUUUUAUAAUUUUGCUCUCUAAUAAAGGUUAGUAUUGAAUAUUCAUUAAUUUUUUGUAUUGUUCUAUGCCGUUGUAUAUUUGAAUUAAGUUUUUUUGAAUGAAUCGUUUCUGCUGAGAUCUUCAACAUUCGCCUAAGUCUGUUACUAUAGGACUAGUGUUUCAUCUUAUAUGAUAAAAGUAUAUUAAAGUAACUUAACGUUUAUCAAAAUUUAUAGACAACUAAAAUUAUCGAUCGUUCUAGAAUAUUCCAGAACCAUAUUAAUUUUCGUCAAGUCUCAUACGUCACCAAUUGAAUGCUUUCAACUGAACAAUAGUUAUACUACCAAAUACGCUUGAAAAAAUAUUUUUAAUUGUUCCUUUUGAUUGCAACUUGAUUAUGCAAGAAGCUUUACUCACUCUUUUUAUACAAUAAGAUUUUAAAAACUCAUUUUUUACUUAAAGAUCUUUUAUUUACACACUUGUACUUUUACAGUUGCUGCCUGAAUAGCAGCUAAAAUGCCAUUCGCCGCAGAAGAUUACUACAGUAUUUUACAAAUCUCGAGAUCAGCUAAUGAGGCAGAUAUUCGUAAAGCCUACCGCAAAUUAGCUCUACGCUGGCAUCCUGACAAAAAUCCAGACAAGAAGGAGGAAGCAGAAAAGCGUUUUAAAGAGAUUUCGGAGGCCUAUGAAAUCUUAUCUGACCCACAAAAGCGAUCUGUCUAUGACAAAUAUGGAAAAGAGGGUUUGAGCGGACAAGGCUCUAACAUGGGUGGCAUGCCCAACUUCAAUAUGGGUGGCUUUGGAAACUUUGGCUUUGCCUUUAGAGAUCCAGAUGAAGUGUUUAGAGAAUUUUUUGGCGAUCGUGAUCCCUUUAGAGGCUUUGGAGCGAUGUUUGAAGACGAUAUAUUAUUCGGUUUUGGUGGUGGAAGGCAACAGAGUAGACAAGAUGUCAGUCCGUUUUCUUCAAACCUUUUUUCGUCCGAUGGAGGUGGCAUGUCUUCCUUCACUAGUUCGUCCUUUAGUUCUGGCGGUAUGAGAGGUGGAGGCAACUUUCGUUCCGUGUCAACGUCGACCAAAAUUGUAAAUGGUAAAAAAAUUGUCACGAAAAGAAUUAUUGAGAACGGAAAAGAAACCGUUACGGUUGAAGAAAAUGGAGUUUUAAAAUCAACAAAAGUUAAUGGUGGAGCGCUGACCAUGCAGGAUUGA